AUGAUGAGAGUCGCCAAUUUAGCAACUAAGUUUGUUAAGAAGGAGGACAAUAACAUUUCAUCAUCGAAUACGGAGACAAAAGAAGAUUACUAUUAUUAUAAUGUCGCGUGCGCGGCGUGCGGGCGGCGCGUGUUCGCGGCCGAGGCGGUGGCGGCGGACGGGCUGCACGUGCACCGCGCCUGCUUCCGCUGCGCCGUGUGCCGCGCCGUGCUGCGGCCCGGCAACUACAAGACGGAGCGCUACGGCAGCCGGCUCGUGUGCCCGCGACACUGGGGCUGCAGCGCGCUGGACGCGGCCGGGCCCGCUCCUCGGCCCGCGCAGGCGCCCGCCACCGCGUCCGCUGCCGUCUCCGCUCCCGCGCCCGCGCUGCUACCCGCAACGCCCGAGCGCAUCAGCGUUGAGUUGUCGGACGCACGUGAAAUCGACGAGGACGAAUGGACCGACAGAAAUUUCCUGGCCUCCGAAACUUCUGCGCCUACUGGCCUGAGCAGUGAUGAGGAGGAAUCGAGUACCGAAGAGUACAUCGACGCGGAUGAGAGCGAGGAUGAGGCGGCGCGCUUCCCAGAGCCGGCGAUGGACGCACACCACAUGCCGCACUCUCGCUUGUACUGCUCCGACGCGGACGACUCGUUCCCUUACGACGAAUACUCUGAUGACGGGGCGGAGUCGUCGGGGGCGGAGUCGUGGUCCCGCAUGGAAGAGGCCCGCGAGGCGCGCCGGCGGGAGGUGCCGCGCGCGCCGCCUGCGCCCGCGCACCCCGACACCAGCGAGAUGGAGACUGAAGAAAGCGAGUCGAGCGACGACGAGGUCUCAUCAGCGACAGAGGUUUCAACUGAUAGUGAGUUUGCACGAGAGGAGAGCGCUCCCGUUCCGUCGCCUCCUGCGAUCCUGGUGACAGAGGCACCUGCGCCCAUCCCGUCCGCCCCCCCGCCCCCUGCGGCGCCCGCCUACGACUACCCGCUCAGUAGAACCAAAUCAGCAGGUGGACUCGCUACCAAACGAGCGCUAGAGCUGAAGAGGAAGUACCUCCUCGGCGAACCUUCCCCGCCCGCUGUCAGGAAGUCCGAGUCCACGUCGCAGCUCGACACUAAGUUAGAAGCUUUCCGCUUUAAUAUAACAGAGUUCCAAAAAAUGUUGCAUCCGGCCACACAGCCUGUGCACAAACCGUACGUCUCGUUUCAACUGACCGAUCCGACGGGGCCGCCGCAAACUACUCCUGACAUCCCAGAUAUAAUCAAAAAUGUAUGCAGCGAUGCGCCGGUCGAUUUACUAACCAAAGGCGAUUCGCCUCUAUGUAAACAGAACUGGAAUGAGUCUAGCCACGACGCAGUCAAGUAUGACCUGGAGACCGAUUCGUUAUCAGAGGAGUCGCACACUGAAACUGCACCCAAGUCUGUCCCGAGAGUCGAGGUGCACGACGAGGUCGGCGACCUGGUACAGUUGGACAGUUUGAUAUUAGUCAGCGAAGAGAUUGACCGGCCACAAUAUACCGGAGAAACGAUCUCUGGCAAUGUUUGGGAGACCAAUGUUGCAAAUGAAACUGACAACUCGGAAUCCUGUAAAGACGCGACUACUUUAGCAUUGACGGAGAACGAAUUCUCCGACUGGGCUGCCGAAGGUGUCGUGGUUGACGAUUGCAGCAUCGACGAUAAGGAGGACAGGAGCCGGAAUAAGACUCCUCGUUCUCUGAGCGGCCCCAAGUUAAUACACGAUGCCAAGAAUAUAUCGGCCAUAGCCAGUCAUGUGUGUGGACGCAGCGGCUCGCCCGAUCUCGUCGGCUACUCUAAUGCGAUCGAACACUUGGAAUUCGCAGACGAAGUGGAGCACGACCAUUUUAUUAGCGCACCGGUGCCGCUGCGCAACGAGGGCUACAUGGAGCUGGUGGAUGAUGGAUACGAGCCGUACGCCGCAAGUAAGGACCGUUCGAUGAACUUUAUUGAGAGAGCGUACGCUGAGACCGCCGUGAAGCCGGCCGGACAGACCGAGGCGCCUGCGCAAUUUACCGAUAUGUCUGACAAUUUACAAUACAUCGACGGCUCUGAUUCCAAAUCUGAGAGUAUCUUGAAUGAUAAUGUUAACACGAAUCCGAAUUUUGCAUCUGACUCAAAGUCACACACUGCAGUUGCAGACAAUGUGGCCUCACCUCCCAACGAAAUAUUGAGUAAUGCUAGCACAGGAUUCAGACGAACCGAUACUGGCGAAGUCGAGACGGCGAACAAUUUAGAAGAGAAGCUCUUAUCGAUAAGUCUAUCCGAACUUUCACCACCUCUCGACAUGACCGACCGAGACUGCCUAAAAGCAUCACUGGCGAAUGAAAAAAAAAGUAUAGACGACGAUCGUGACGAUAUCUCUCCGCCGUUGGCCUGCGAGACGACCGAUCGGCACGCGACUCACAUAAAUCUGCGUUCGUACUCGCCGGCCAUCUGCAGGUCCGCGAGCGAAACGUUCAAACAUAGCGCGGCCGGGACCUCGAUGAACAAGAAUUGGAUGCUAUCGAUCAAGCUGAACCCCGAGCCCGAUAACGUGACCAUGGAGAAGGUGCAGGAAUUGAAGAGGGAGCGUGACGAGCAGACUGAGGUGGUGCGGUGGCUGGUGCUGGAGCGGCUGGGCGCGGCGCGGGGCCGGGUGCGCGUGCGCAGCCGCGCGCGUUUGCCGCCCGGGCCGGCCACGCCGCCGCCCGUGCCGCCGCCGCCCGCGCUCGCGCCGCCGCCACCUCCCACACCUCCGACACCUCCGCCGGCGCUUAUGCGUCUGCCCCCUUCCGCCUCCCUCUCGGACCCGGAGUUGAUGAGGGAGCGAUGGCCGAAAUCUUUUGUGAGGAGUAUAUCCAACUAUCUCAACAAACGCCUGAGCCCUCGUCACAAGUAUGCAUCGGAGCCGGCCCUGACGAUGCACGUAAGCAAACAUGUCACAUACAGUAUCAACGAGCAGGGAGGGCGGGAGCGGCGCCACACGUCCGCGGGCAGCCUGGAGCGGGCCCCGCCCCCCGUGCCCCCGCCCCCCGCCGGCUACUGCCCGCCGGCCGCGGCCAGCGUCAGCCCGCGACACGCAGCAAGUUACGCCGGGAACGGAGCUGAGCGGUCGAACAGAGGUGACGCGGACGAGCGCGACGCGAUGCAGCUGUGGUUCGAGGCGCGGUGGGCGCGGUUGGUGGCGCAGCGGCGGGCGAGAGACGAGGCCAGGGAUGAGCCCGCAGCGAGGAGACUCGCACGUUCUGAAUGUCAACAGGGACCUUAUCAUAAAAACGUAUACAUAGACCUCUGA